GGGGCUUUGUUUAGGAGGGAGAAAGAUGUUCGGUGUUUAAGCAUCUCGCGCUUUUAUAAAGCCCCUUCCUCUCCGGGUGGUCCGCUGUUCAGUGUAGUGCAGAGCAGAGAGACAGCUUGUGUACAGUGGGUGUCUUGAGGCGUUUGGUUGGUGUGUAUGGGAUCUGCAAAAUCGGUUAAGCUCGAGAGGACAAGAACACAGGGCAUAUAUAGUUGCUGAUAGGUUCUUGCUUGCCUCUGCAUGUUGCAUUAGUUCAUGUUCUUUCUUCUGGUUUUUGUGCCUUUGCAGAGUUUGAGAAGGGCUGGUGUUUGCGAAGCCCCGUUUGCUUCUUUUUGCUUUCCUUUGCUUUUGUGAGGAAUCUCCUCUUAUAUUGUUCUGGAGGUUUCUUGUCCUUUUUCCUACUCUGCCCAAGAAUUUUGAACUUGCUUGCGGAGGUUGUCGUUAAGAUUUACUACCUCUCUCUUUCUCUCUCUCUCUCUCUCUCUCUCUCUCUCUCUCUCUCUCUCUCUCUCUCUGUCUCUGUCUCUGAAUUGGCUGGAAAAUGUCUGUUUCGUCAAUUGAAGACACUGUCCGUGUUUGGUGUCUCAGGAAUUCUCUUUUAUCUUCCUGCCCGUGUUUGGUAAGUCGACCUGUAAACUUUGGAGUUGAUAAAUUUUCCAGAGAAAAUGGCGGUUUUUAAAGCUGUUUCAGGGCAUUACGUUUUCUCAUUGCUAAAACCAGACGGUGGUGGCGAGCGGAUUUCCAUGUGCUUGUUCAUCAGAAUCUCUUGAAUCUCCCCUCCUUUGUCUUUUACUUCAAGGAUCUCAAAGAUUCCCAACACCCUUUGCUCACUUUGGUUUUGAAUUUUUCGAGAAAACCACUGUUUCAAUAGCAUCAAGAUUUAUCAUUAUUAAGACUAAAAGAAUGGAUGAUCCACACAGAAAAUGGUCGCAGAAAAAGGCUACAACAUUUGAGACCACAAUCUGGGCUAUCAAGAUAGCACUGAUCUGUCUAGGAAUUGGGUCCUCCCUAAUUCUGUUCAAGAUUGCAGUGAUCCCAUACACAUCAACCUUCCUCGUCUCCACUAUCCCCUGCUUCUGGAGCUCCAUCAAGGUCUUUUUCGCCCCACCUUACAUUUAUAUCCUCCUGAACAUCAUUAUCGCCGCCAUUGUUGCUUCAUCCACCUUCCACCACCAGAGCCAGAUCAUGAAACCUGUGAAAAGGGCUCUCCUCCACACCGAAAAGAGCCUGAAUCUGAACUUCGGUUUCAAACGUGAAGAAGAUGAAGCAGCAGUCUUUGAGGUCGUUGCUUCGCAAGAUGCCACCAAAGAGUCCCAUCGUCAAGAUCAAGAAUGGAAAAAUAUCACCUUUACUCAAAAUCAAGAAAAACAAGAAGAAGUGAUCAAGCCCAUGGUGGUGGUGGCUUCUGUCGACAAGAACGUGGACCCAUCAACGGAAACUUCCGACGACGAGGCUCUCUCGGGCAAAUCCGGCAAGCUUACCGGGGAAACCGCCGGGGAAGAGAAGGUGGGCUCGCCGAAACCCGAAGAACCAGAUGACUCGCUGGACUCUGUUUGGAUGGCCAUCAUGGAGAGCCAGGGGAGGCGGGCGACGCGGCAGCUGAAGAAGAGCGAUACGUGGGAUUCACCGCCGAGGGUUGUUACGGCGGCUCGGGCGGAGGCCUUGCCGCCGCCGCCGACGGCACGUCCGUGUCGGCGCGAGCUGCGGAAGUCGGACACGUUCAGGGAGAGGGUGACGAAUCACGACGAGUUGCACCGGCGAGCGGACGAGUUCAUAAGGAAGACCAACAACGACCUGAGAUUGCAGAGAGAAGAAUCCAAUCAGCGUUACAUCGAGAGGGUGAACCGCGGGGUCUAUUGACUGCAAGAGUUCUCCGGGAUCAGUCUAAUCAGAGUUUCGGGAGGUACAUUACGAGUUUUUCAGUGCAUCACAACAUCGGGCGACCGUUAUCAAGAACUUCAAGGCUUUGUAAUGUUCAUGUUGAUAGUUUCCGUUUCUUCUGUUGCCUGUCAUCUCUCUCUUUCUCUUUCUUUUCUUUUGGGUUUCAUAGAUAGCGCUAGUAAUGUACUCUCGGUUGCAGCUUGUAAUAUGAAUGAAGUCUCUUCUGUUGUCUGUUC